CACGGCGCGUUCCCCCGCACACACCGCCAACGGCUCCGCUUCACGUCGGCAGGUGAGCCCUGGGCUCCGGACUGAGUGUUAGCCAUGUUGGGGCAGUCGGAGCCGACCUCCAGCACCCUGCAGCUGGUGGCCAACGAUAUGACGGGGAUCAUGGGCAGGCUGGACACUCGUGAGCUCGACCUGAGUGACGGCGAGUACAUUACAGAUGGUAACACCUCAGAGCAGUAUUUGCCUUUCUCUGUCGUUUACAACACGGUGGGAUUCAAGGACUCGGAUGCCAAAGUCUUUUUGUCGAUGCCCAUCACUGCCAAAAUCCUGGAGAUGGAGCGAUUCACUGCCCAGGACCGCUUCAGCUCCACUGGCCAGCGGAGCGUCAACAAGUCGAUGCCGGCGGUGUUUAAGAUCAAGAUGAAACACGGGGAGUUCACGUGGCUGAUCAGGAGGAAGGAGAAACACUUCAUGGACCUCCACAAAGAACUGAGGACCUACAAAACCUUCAGGAAGCUGCCGCUGCGCAGUCACUCGGUGAGGAGACACAGUGAGAUGAGUGAGGGAAGACAGAUGCCAGACCUCCCCAGAGGAGGCAACGAUGAGCUGGUCAGGGCUGAUAUUAUGUCCAGUCGGAAGAAACAACUGGAAGAUUACUUGAAUAGGCUGCUCAAGAUGCCGCUGUACAGGAACUACCACGCGACGAUGGAGUUCAUUGACGUCAGCCAGCUCUCGUUUAUCCACGACCUGGGACCAAAAGGCCUGGAAGGAAUGGUGCUGAAACGAUCUGGUGGCCAUCGAAUCCCCGGCUUGAACUGCUGCGGACGCAGAAGGAUGUGCUACCUCUGGUCCAAACGUUGGCUGGUGGUGAAGGACUCGUUCCUGCUGUACAUGAAGCCGGACUCGGGUGCGAUCUCCUUCGUGAUGCUGGCGGACAAAGAGUUCAGUAUCAAGAUGGAUUCCAGAGACACGGAGACCAAACACGGCGUCCGGAUCGAUAAUCUGUCCAGGUCUCUGGUCCUGAAGUGCAACAGCUUCAGACACGCCCGCUGGUGGGGUCAGUCCAUCGAAGGCUUCAUCCAGAAACAUGGCUCCGCCUUUCUCACUGACCACCGCUUUGGCUCUUUCGCCAGGCAGGAAGAGAACAUUCUCGCAAAAUGGUACGUAAACGGGAAAACGUACAUGGAGGAUGUCGCUGACGCUCUUGAAGAAGCCAGAGAGGAAAUCUUCAUCACAGACUGGUGGUUGAGUCCGGAGAUCUUCCUGAAGAGGCCGGUCGUCGAGGGCAACCGCUGGCGUCUGGACUGCACGCUGAGGCGUAAAGCGCAACAAGGAGUGAAGAUCUUUGUGAUGCUGUAUAAGGAGGUGGAGUUGGCGCUGGGCAUCAAUUCGGGCUAUAGCAAGAGAACGCUGCUGCACCUUCACCCCAACAUCAAAGUGAUGCGUCACCCGAACCACGUCUCAUCCGCCGUCUACCUGUGGGCGCAUCAUGAGAAGAUUAUCGUAAUUGACCAAUCGGUGGCCUUUGUGGGCGGGAUCGACCUCGCAUACGGCCGCUGGGAUGACGAAGAGCAUCGUCUGACGGACGUGGGGAGUGUGAUGCGCACUAUAAUUUUAGACCAGGCUGAAGCGUCGUUGUCUCGCAUGGCUGCCUCAGACAGCGGCAGCCACGUGGCUUCCCAGAGCAAUGGGAAUGCCAUCCCGACGGUGACGGACUCAGGGGACCAGCCUAAGCUGAAGGGGCAGGGGAGGCUGAAGAGGACCAGGUUCAGCAUCAAGAAGCACCUGCAGAAACACGGCUUGGCCCAACCGGACAGCGACAGCGACCUGGACGAGGGCGCAGAGAAGCGAGAAUCCAUUCGCAGCGUGAGCACGGGCGUCGGCAAUUUGACCGGAGACACACGCUUUUGGCACGGAAAAGAUUACUGCAACUUUGUGCACAAAGACUGGAUUCAGCUGGACAAACCCUUUGACGAUUUCAUAGACCGCCAUGUGACUCCCAGAAUGCCUUGGCACGACAUGCCUCAGUGGUUCCGGGAAAGCAGCUCGAGAUGUGCCAGACACUUCAUCCAGAGGUGGAACUUCACCAAGAUGGUGAAGCCCAAAUACCGAUCUCUGAAGUAUCCGUACCUACUGCCCAAAUCUCACACCACCGCAGGAGAGCUGCGAUAUCAAGUCCCAAACUCCAUCAACGCCAAAGUACAGGUGGUAAAGGCUAAUCCUUCGCUCGGCUUCGACUGGUCCGCCGGGAUCAAGUACCAUGAGGAAUCUAUCCACAACGCCUACGUGGAGGUCAUCAAGAACAGCAAACAUUUUGUCUACAUAGAGAAUCAGUUCUUUAUCAGUUGUGCCGACAACCGAUACGUUUUCAACAAGAUCGGAGACGCCAUCGCCGAGCGCAUCAUCAAAGCGCACCGUGAGGGAACAAAGUACCGCGUGUACGUGGUGACUCCUUUACUGCCGGGCUUUGAGGGCGACAUCAACACGGGCGGAGGCAGCGCCAUCCAGGCCAUCAUGCACUUCAACUACAGGACAAUGAACAGAGGAGACCAGUCCAUCAUCUCCCAGCUGAAGCGAGAGAUGGAUGAUCAGUGGAUGAACUACAUCUCCAUCGCUGGUCUGCGAACUCACGCCGAGCUGCAGGGGAAACUGGUCACUGAGCUCAUCUACGUCCACAGCAAGAUGCUCAUCGCCGACGACAACACGGUCAUCAUCGGUUCUGCCAACAUCAAUGACCGGAGUAUGCUGGGAACGGACAGCGAGGUGGCGGUUAUCGUGGAGGACUCUGAGACGGUGACGUCUGUGAUGGACGGGCAGCCGUACCAAGCUGGGAAAUACGCCCUGCAGCUCCGCCUCCAAUGCUUCAAGAUGAUCCUUGGUGCUAACACAGACCCGUCCAUCAACAUCUCUGAUCCCAUCAGCGAUCAGUUCUACAAAGAGGUCUGGGUGGGGACCUGUGCCCGUAACGCCACAAUCUACCAGAAGGUUUUCCGCUGUCUGCCAUCCAGUGAUGUUCGCAGUAUUUUGGAGCUAGAGAGCUACCUGACCAAACCGGGUCUGGAGAAGGAGGACCCGGCCCGUGCUCAGGAGGAGCUAAAGAAGAUCCGCGGCUUUGCGGUUCAGUUUCCCCUUCAGUUCCUGGCCGAGCAGAACCUCCUCCCCCCCAUCGGCUCCAAGGAGGCCAUGAUGCCCAUGGAGGUGUGGACCUGAGACAGAGGAUUGUAAAGGAACCCUGUAUGAUCAUGUGCUCAUGCACAUCACAUGACUGUCAGGAGGCCACGCCCACUCAGUAAUUUUGAAAGUCCAAAGGACUUUUCUUUUUUUUCUGUUUUUUUUUUUAACAUUCAAGGUGAAAAAAGUCGUCCACUGUGUGCAUCUUAUUUAUGGUGCAUGGAUACAAACUGUAGUUUACAAUUUAUUGUGAAGUAACUUCACAAAGCAUCCAGCUUCAUUUUGUUUCCUUCUAUAAGACUUGCUGCACGUCUUUACAGCAUUACACCAAAACACACACACACACACAUCAGUAACAACAUUGCAUGCACACCUUCCUGUGCUGCCAUAGUUACCGCCAGUGCAAACUGCCAGGAAACGGCCAAAAUGCAAAAACGGCCGGGCUGGAGAAACCACAUGGAUGAACCUUAGGAGGGAAGAAAAAAUGUCAUAAAAAUGAUUGUUGGGGAAACUUUUUUUUUUUAAUUCACAAUUUUAUUUUGUACAAAACAUGUUUGGAACUCGUCCCUGCUUCCAGGUGAUUAGCGGUUUGGGGGAAGAAAAUCUGACAUUCGCAGUUGAUCCAGCAGCCACUAGAGGGCAGUAGCGUCUUACCAGAUCCAACCCCUGCAGAAUGUUUGAUCCCAUCUCUGGACCAAACCUGAUUAAUUCUGUGUGACCACGGAUUAUUUGCUUGUAUAUUUAAUUUUUAUUUUAUUUUUCAUGAGUUUGAUUCAGGCCCAGAUGAAAUAGCAGCGUGUUUGAUGCAGCAGCUCUGACCUGGACCAUCACCUGAACCCCCUUAGCAGCUAAAGGGUGGAGCCAGUUUUUAUUUUGAUAAAUGUUCUUUAAUGCAUAUUUAUGUUGUUGCGUUCAAUAAGCUCCUGCCGUUCUUUGGUUUCUACCCUAGCUAUAGCAUAAAUCUUCCUGUUAAAUUAUUUAUUUUUAAGCAUAAUGUGAUGACGGUUCAUAAUGUGAACUUGGCAACACUUGGCUUCAUUUCACUUUGAGCGUGUGACGGUUUCUCCAGGUUGCCGUUGAAUCCACUGAUUCACAUGCGCGUAUUUUUUGUCUCUAAAGUCUCACCGUCUGUGUGACGUUCUGCGAUUGUUCCUCUGGAGUGAACGCUGUCUUACCUCCUCUGUCUUUGUGAAGUUGUGCACGCGGCGUGACAGGCUUUAUAAAAAUGAUGCCGUCUGUUUGCAGCAGGUUUGUAAUGAAGCGUCUGUCGUGUUGGUGCCAACAGAAGUGACAAACCGUUUCUUAUAUUAUUUAGAAAAUAAAAACGCUCCUGUACAGAAGUCGACCAGCAGCCUUGAACUCUGCAGUGCCUGACGCGGCGUCUCCUUGUGUUUACAUGAAAA